GGUGCGGAGACGAAGACGGUGCGGUUGUGGCCUUGUUGCCUACCUCGAGCAGUGGUCGGCCUCUCCACGUAGAACUCGGGAGUGGGAGAUUCAGAAUCGAAUCUCUUCUCCCUCCCCCUCCUGUGAGAUUUUUUUGAUCUUCAGCUACAUUUUUCGGCUUUGUGAAGACCCUAGCAUCAAACACAAUGGCAAGCAAUGUUACCAACAAGACAGAUCCUCGCUCCAUGAACUCCCGUGUAUUCAUUGGGAAUCUCAACACUCUUGUGGUCAAGAAGUCUGAUGUAGAGGCAAUCUUCUCGAAGUAUGGCAAAAUUGUGGGCUGCUCUGUUCACAAGGGCUUUGCCUUUGUUCAGUACGUUAAUGAGAGAAAUGCCCGAGCUGCAGUAGCAGGAGAGGAUGGCAGAAUGAUUGCUGGCCAGGUUUUAGAUAUUAAUCUGGCUGCAGAGCCAAAAGUGAACCGAGGAAAAGCAGGUGUGAAACGAUCUGCAGCGGAGAUGUACGGGUCAGUACCAGAACACCCUUCUCCGUCCCCUCUACUCAGCUCCUCUUUUGACUUGGACUAUGACUUUCAACGGGAUUAUUAUGACAGGAUGUAUAGCUACCCAGCACGUGUUCCUCCUCCUCCUCCUAUUGCUCGGGCUGUAGUGCCCUCUAAACGCCAGCGUGUAUCAGGAAACACCUCAAGAAGGGGAAAAAGUUUCAAUUCUAAGAGUGGACAACGAGGAUCUUCUUCCAAGUCUGGAAAGUUGAAAGGAGAUGACCUCCAGGCCAUUAAGAAGGAAUUGACCCAGAUAAAACAAAAAGUGGAUUCUCUGCUGGAAAGCCUGGAAAAAAUUGAAAAGGAGCAGAGCAAACAAGGAGUAGAGAUGAAGAAUGAUAAGUCAGAAGAGGAGCAGAGCAGCAGCUCCCAGAAGAAAGAUGAGACUAAUGUGAAGAUGGAGUCUGAGGGGGGUGCAGAUGACUCUGCUGAGGAGGGGGACCUACUGGAUGAUGAUGAUAAUGAAGAUCGGGGGGAUGACCAGCUGGAGUUGAUCAAGGAUGAUGAAAAAGAGGCUGAGGAAGGAGAGGAUGACAGAGACAGCGCCAAUGGCGAGGAUGACUCUUAAGCACAUAGUGGGGUUUAGGAAUCUUAUCCCAUUAUUUCUUUACCUAGGCGCUUGUCUAAGAUCAAAAUUUUCACCAGAUCCUCUCCCCUAGUAUCUUCAGCACAUGCUCACUGUUCGCCCCAUCCUUGUCCUUCCCAUGUUCAUUAAUUCCUAUUGCCCUGCGCCUAGUCCCAUUUUCACUUCCUUUGAUGCUCCUAGUAGUUUUGUUAAGUCUUGCCCUGUAAUUUUUGCUUUUAAUUUUGAUACCUCUUUAUGACUUAACAAUAAAAAGGAUGUAUGGUUUUUA